AUGCGAACGACAACGGACCCAGGAUUUGUACAGGCCGAUUCAUAUAAUCUGCCCGAAGUAACAUGCGAAAUGAUAGAUAUAUAUUACGAAGAAAUUGCUGAGUAUUUUAUUGCUGGGGUGCGGAACGUGAAAGCUCAGAGAGCUACUCGAGAAUCUUACGGAGACGUUGCUGUAGGGUAUGUCCAGUUGAAAAGGGAUCAUCCCCAGUGCAUUGUAAAAGCUCGAAUCACGCCAGAACAUAAAAUUCGAAAACAAAGCUAUUUGGUUAGUGUGUGCAUUGAUGAAGAAUGCCAUAAAGUAAUUGAUGUGAAAUGUAAUGAAUGCGAAGCGAGCGAAGGGGGCUGCAAGCAUGGAAUAGCGCUGAUUUUUUGGUUAUUGAGGAGACAUUUACAUCCGUCAGUAACCUCAACCGUCUGUUACUGGAAGAAGUCAUCGUUAGCAAAACUGGGGGAUUUGAAGCCAACAACAACUGUCAAUAUUUUCAAAUAUAAACGUCCGCCAUUACGGUCAAAAACAACAGCAUUUCUGGAUAAAACUGUUCAGCUACUAUUAGAGCAAAACUCAACUGCGUCCAUUGGCAACUGCUUUCGGACCAUCCCCACUGUUGUUGAGCAAAUUUCCCUUCACCACAUGGUACUGAAAUUUCAAGCUACGGCUCCUAUAAUCAAUGCAGAUCAUUUUCUCCAAUUUGCGAAAACAGUUUUAACGCCCGAAAUAUGCAAAAAAAUUUGUCAAAUAACUAAAACGCAGUGUGAAUGCCCAGAAUGGUUUGCUGCUCGAUUUGGCCGGAUAACAGCUUCAAAACUACACGAGGUUGCACACUGUCAUACAUAUGAUGGGACAACACUAGAGGCAGUACUUGGUGCGCGCAAAUUCACCCCUAGUAAAGCCAUGCCACGAGGCUUAAUAUUAGAAAAACAAGUACUACAAGUACUUUGUGAAGAAAAGAAGAUUUGUGCAAAAAGAUGUGGAUUCACAAUCAAACCAGAAGUGCCCAUAUUUGGUGCCUCACCUGACGCAAUUGCGAAGCACCAUUGCAUGGAAAUCAAGUGCCCUUCAAGAGCCGGUACAACAGAAAACUAUUACAAGAAUGGAACAAUAACAGAAAAGUUUUAUGCUCAGGUGCAAUUGCAAAUGUUUCUUUGCGAUAGACAAAAAAGUCUUUUUUGUGUUGCGUCUCCUGAUUUUGAGGAGGAUAAACAAAUUACUACUAUUGAAGUAGCGUAG